UUUGUCAAGUCUUCGACUACAGUCGGACAUGACCAUUGCCUAACUAGAUAGAUGACCACUCAUCUUCCAUGUUACAUCUAUAAAAACACGGUUGAAUCUCUCGAGAUUUUUGUCUGUGGGAUAUUGAAAUAAUCGCUCGUAGCUGGAAUGGCUAAGGCUGAGGAAAGCAUCAGACAGAACAGCAGAUGGAGCCUUCAAGGCAAGACGGCUCUCGUAACUGGCGGGACGAAAGGCCUCGGCGAAGCUGUCGUUGAGGAACUAGCUGGGUUUGGGGCAAGAAUUCACACGUGUGCCAGAGACGGAGACCACCUUAACAAAUGCUUACGUGAGUGGCAAGCGAAGGGCUUUCAGGUCACCGGUUCUGUCUGCGACGUGUCGCUUCGGACCGAACGAGAGAAGCUCAUGGAGACAGUUUCGUCUCUCUUCAAUGGCGAACUCAACAUCCUCAUAAACAACGUCGGAACCAACAUGACGAAGCCGACCACUGAGUACACGGCGGAAGAUUUCUCGUUUCUGAUGGCUACGAACUUCGAGUCUUCUUACCAUCUGUGUCAGCUCUCUCAUCCUUUGCUCAAGGCCUCUGGAUCUGGGAGCAUAGUGUUCAUGUCCUCUGUUUGUGGGGUUGUGUCCAUUAAUGUUGGAUCCAUCUAUGGGGCAACAAAAGGAGCCAUGAAUCAGCUGACGAGGAACCUAGCGUGCGAAUGGGCAAGCGACAACAUUAGGGCUAACUCCGUCUGUCCGUGGUUCAUCUCAACUCCUUUAGCUUACAGAUAUCUCGAGGAUGAGAAGUUCAAAGAAGCGGUCGUGUCCAGAAGCCCGAUAAGCCGUGUGGGGGAGCCAGAGGAGGUAUCGUCACUCGUGACCUUUCUGUGUCUCCCGGCGGCUUCUUACAUAACCGGUCAGACAAUCUGCGUGGACGGAGGUAUGACCGUUAAUGGCUUCUCGUUCUCGGCUUAAGCAGAAAAAUGCUAAGGACAUGGUUGAAGUUUCCCCACGUUUCGAUCUCAAAAAGCAACGGAAAUAAUCACAACCCUUGUAUGGUCGUGAAAAAUGAAAUAUGCUGUAGUAUGAACAUACAUACAUGUCUUUGAAUGUUGCAGUAAAAACUCUCUCUCUUCACAUCUUUCUAAAUUCAUAAUACACAAAUUAAGCCCUUUUUUUCAGUUA